AAUGGGCGCGUUGUGCGUAGGUGCGAGGGGAAAGGUCACAGCAGGGAUGGAGAUGGCGGCGCCGAAGGAGGCUGCCGGGCAGAUAAAACCGUGCCAGUGAGGGCGAGGCAGGCGAGAUGGUGCAUCUCUUGCGCUUCGGCUGAGUCUUCCCGGUGACCUCUCGGCCCCUCCGUCCUCCCCAAUGAGCGGCGCGUACGAGUUGCUAUGGCGUGUCCUGCACGCCCUCCUCUUCGCCCAGCGCGCGCUCUUCGCCUGGCUGCGAGGGCAGCUCGGAGGACGCGGCUCGUGGCUCAGCUGGUGGCGGAGCGGCGCGACCUCGGUGGCCGCGGCCGCCUCGCGGGCUCUUCUGAUGCCGGUGGCGGCCACGGAGGCUUUCGCCUUCCGCAGGCCGGCGGCGACGGGGCGGAAGGUGCUCAGCAGCCAGAGCCGGUGGCGGCGGGAUGGGAAGUCCCUGCAGAAGCUGCCGGGUCAUGUGGGCCUGGUGGUGACCGAGGAGGAGCCGAGCUACGCCGACAUGGCCAGCCUGGUGGUGUGGUGUAUGGCGGUGGGCAUCUCCUACGUCAGCGUCUACGACCACGACGGUAUUUUCAAGAGAAAUAAUUCAAGACUGAUGGAUGAAAUCCUAAAGCAGCAACAGGAAUUGUUAAACCUUGACUGUUCCAAAUAUACAGUAGAAUUUACAAAUCAAGACAAAACAGAUCAAGUUUUAAAUUGCCAACCCACAUUAAACGUGCUGUCUCCAGAGGAUGGAAAGACAGAUAUAGUAAGAGCAGCUCAGAAAUUUUGCCAUUUAGUAGCACAACAGCAAAGAAAAUGCACAGAUCUGGAUGCAAAUGUCUUGGACAAUUUACUAAGUAGUACUAAUGGUUUUCCAGACCCUGACUUAAUACUGAAGUUUGGUCCUGUGGACAGCAUAUUAGGAUUCCUUCCUUGGCACAUCAGAGUGACAGAGAUCAUUUCUUUGCCUUCACAUGUGAACAUCAGCUAUGAAGACUUUUUCUCUGCCCUCUGUCACUAUGCAUCCUGUGAACAGCGCUGGGGAAAAUGAUUUCUUGCUGAACAUUAUCAGGAUUUACAUGGAGAGGACCCAGUGUCUCUGUUUACAAAUACCUGUGAUAUAUACAAGUCCAGUACAUAGUCUUUCUUAAUUUAUCAAAUUCAAUAAAGUGUCUUACCUUUCUAGAAUUUGUGUGUGUGUGUACUCAUAAUCGUCUGUGGAGGUGUGGGAAGGCAAUUGUUUACUGCCAUGACAUACAGCGGAGCAGAAGUUUGUAAAGCAGAGAUGCUUGAAGGCUACAGGGUUUCUCCUCCUUCCACUGACCAAAUGCUCAAUCUAAGGAGUACUUAAUAUCUAGUUAUGACGGACCCACUCAAAGUAGCUGCAAUCAACAGGUAACAAUGGACCUCAUGAAAGAAAAGGAUGUUCUACCAUCACAGCUUCUUUCCUGGACUUCCAUAAUGGAACAGCUAGGAUUAUACUUGCUUAGGUAUCUUCAAAUGUUUCUAAAAAUGCACAUCAGUUUUUCUGGCAGUUAAAAAGAACUGAUACUGCAGCUCAUAAUGAGCCAUAAAAGAAUAUAAGCAUAUAAAGUUCAAUUAAGCCAUUUCUAGAAUGUGGAAAUGUUUUAAAUCAUAGAUUGAUUUCAUUAUUAAACAAAUAUCUGAAAAACUAAUGGCUUCAACUGUUAGUUACACUUCAUCAUUUCUUCCACUAAGAAGCAGUGGCUUAAUAAGCACUUGAUGAGUUGUGUAAAGACUUUGGCAGAAUCUAGUAGAUGUUUGGUUGGAUCAUCAUAUAUAAUGAAUAUACAUUUAGCUUGCCCAAAUGUAAUGAAAAAGAUACUUUGAUAUGGCAGUGAUUGGUAAGUUAGCAUACCAGUUUAAAGCAGAUUUUAAGAUGAGACGCGACUCGUAUUUCCCUUUUUUAGAAAACAUUUUGAUGAUUGCACUUCAGAUCCACCAUUCUGCUUUCGUUUAAACAUGUAAAUCUAUGUAUUUACUUUUCAGCAAAAUGUUGUGUGAUUCUUUCUGUUUUGUCACAUAGCAAAGUGAAGGAAAGUAUUAAGUCAGUAUGCACUGAAAAUUUCCAAAUUUUGGCAUUGUAAACAAUGACUUGACUAUCUGCAUAAAUGACUGUGACAAUUAUUCUAUGAUUGUGUGAUUACAAUCUAUAUAACAAAUACAAAAAAAUAAAAUCCAUGGACUGCUUUUUGUCAACAGAUUUCCUACAGCUAGUUCCUUUUAGGUGCUACAUAAUGUUUAUAAUGUGCUGUGUUCUUUCAAAAUAAAUGUAUGUUCCAGUAUUUCUUUUCAAAUAUGUAUUUUCUUAGGUUAGUGCAAUUUUUUGUUUAAAAAGGGAACUGAAAAAUACUUAUUUUGUAAAUGGCUUUUUAUAAAUGCCACAGGUUAGAGAAAUAUAACAGAUCAUACUAUUCAUGGAAAAAUAUUUUUCUCUUCUUUUAAAAAGAUCAAAUAUGUAAUAAGUUACAGAAGCCUGUAACAAAAUAAAUGAGUAAAUUUUUGUUUUUAAGAAGAUACGUUUCAUGGUGCUUGCUGUUCUGAGCUAAUUCAUGUUAAUUGGAAUAUUGGAAGCUGCUUCUACUUCACUUACAUUCCUCUGCUCUGAAGAUCACAAAUUUGUGCAGUGUACUUUUGGAAUAUGCACCACUUUUUAGAAGUUUGUCCUUUAGGACUUCCCUAAAAGGAAGAUGCUAAGCACAUUCAAUUGUUGGAGAGUGCCGUUAAGUCAUAGCUGACUUACAGCAAUCCCUGAUGGAGUUUUCAUGGGAAGAAACUAACAGAGGUGGCUGUCCACUGCCUGUCUCUGCAAUCCCGGCCUUGGCUGGAGGUCUCCUAAGACCAACCCUGCUUAACUUCCGAGAGUGGGCUUGCCUGGGCUAAUUAUGGGAAGAUAAAACUCAUAUGAACUCCAGAACCUUGAGGUUGUCCAAAGUAGUUCUGGUACCACAAAUGACCGGAGCCAUGGGAGGCAAGAGUGAGGGACUCUGAUCCAUUUUUAUGCAUGACAGUUAAUUUCCUGCUUUACACCAGUCUGCUGCAGAUUGCCAAAGAACAUUUACAGUACCUGAACUGUGUUUGUUUCUCUCUCUUGACUGAACUAUGUACUGUAUUGGGGCCCAAGCAUAAAAUAGAAUUAACUGUGCCAAAAACACUCUGCAUAUCCACAAUUUAUUCUCUGAAUGUACAUCAUUGCAGUAAGUUCCCCCCCAUCUUGUCUUGUGAGAAAGUGUAGACAGCAGUGACAUUCUGUAUAUCUUUGCAUAUCUGUAAAUAAUAUGUAGAAUGAGUUUUUAUGAUUAAAGAAUUGACUUACUGGACUUCA